CCAUUUUUAUAACAAAUCAGCUCAAUAUUUUUGAUUAACACUUAGUUAUUUGGUUAAGCUUCCCUGGGAGUUUAAGACGCAUUGACCAGAUAAAGUAACAGGUGAGCUAGGCUGCAAUCUGGGCAGACGUGUUAUGCCUCCCAAGAAAACCGAGCGUAACGUUAAGCAGGAUGUGGCGUCGUUACCAACACCAGCCGGAUCCGAUAAGGAUAGUUUGUUGCAAAAAGAGUACGACAUUCUGACCAACACACUACUCAAUCUCAAGAAGAAACUUGAACAGCUACGGAAAGAGAACGGGUUCCUUCAGAGUGAAGCCAACCAGACGCGCAUGGAAAGUCACGAGUACAUGUCAUACAUGUCCAGGAGGACCCAAAAGCGGCAGAGGGCCAUUGUCACGCUCAGUGACCAGAACCAUCAGCAGCUGGAGGGCCUGAGAGAGCAACGGGAGGAGCUCUUGGGAAAAUACGAGGAACAGGCCAGUGAGCUAAAGCAGAACAUUCUGGAGAAGGAAAACGAGCUUGCUCUGCUGAACAUAGAGAUUGCCGAGCUGAGAGAAUUCAAGAGCCUACAGCAGCAACAGCUCAGCUGUAUUGCCGAGCUGGAGAAAGAGGUGGUGACCAUGCGCUGCCGUCACUCCGAGUCGCUGCAGGCCCUCAAGUCGGACUUCCUGCGGGAGAAGGAGCGCUAUCAGGCCCAGGCCCAGCGGGAGGUCAACAGCCUCGCCCUGGCAGCCAACAAAGAGGCGUCCGAGUGCCUGCUGUCCCACACGCAGGAGGUGGCGAUGGAGAACCGGGACCUGCGGGCGGAGCUGCAGGAGCUCAUCCAGCGGGCGGACGCCCUGCGCACCCACCAGGACCAGCUGCAGGCCCAGCAGCGCCAGCUGCUGCUGGAGAAGGAGUAUGUGCACGAGCUCCGCCGGCUGCGAGCAGCGCCGCACUCCCACUCCACACCACAAGGUGGAGCUGCUAGUGUCCAGGUGGAUCCAGCAGCAGCUGCUGUCAGCACCACAGCCACCACCACUGGUUGCUGAGCUAGGUACACGGGCAUGGAGCCAGGCUACAUUUUUUUCUUUUUUUUUUUCUUUAGCACUUCUCAUCAGUAUAUAGUUUCGGCACAUUUUUGGAGUUUUAAAUGUCCUACGUCGAGGUAUCACGAUAAACUACUCUUCUGAAGUAAAAUUAUCGGUGUGUUUUUUUCACUUUGUGAUUCUCUAUUAUAAUCAAAUUUUAAAAAUUCCAUGAUAAACCAUUCUCUUGACCCUAAAACAUGAAGCCUCGUGUGAAAUGUAUACCUGAAAGAAUCAAACAUAAGAGACUACAAUAAA